AUGGCGACCGAGUUGACUGUCCAGUCGGAACGUGCUUUCCAGAAGCAACCGCACAUCUUCUUGAAUUCCAAGCAGAAGUCCAAGAGCAAGAAGGUCGGAAAGGGUGGCCGGAGAUGGUACAAGGACGUUGGUCUCGGAUUUCGCACCCCAAAGACCGCCAUCGAGGGAAGCUAUAUCGAUAAGAAAUGCCCUUUCACCGGUCAGGUUUCCAUCCGAGGCCGUAUCCUCACCGGCACCGUUGUUUCAACCAAGAUGCACCGUACUAUCAUCAUCCGCCGUGAAUAUCUCCACUACAUUCCCAAGUACUCCCGAUAUGAGAAGCGACACAAGAACAUUGCCGCCCACGUCUCCCCGGCUUUCCGUGUUGAGGAAGGUGACCAAGUCACCGUUGGACAGUGCAGGCCUCUCAGCAAAACUGUUCGAUUCAACGUCCUUCGCGUCCUUCCCCGCACUGGCAAGGGCGUCAAGCAAUUCGGCAAGUUCUAA